AUGGCAGAAACUACAGGCUUGAGCCUAAUCCAUCCAGGUGACGAAUUUGGGGGUGAAGCUCAUGGUAACGUCGAUAUAGUAUUCGUACACGGACUUCAGGGCGCGGCUACUACCUGGGUUUCGGAGAAUGAGAAGGGACCAGAAAUGCUCUGGUUGUAUGAUCUUCUCCCUAAAAGCUUGCCUGCUGCGAGGAUUCUCACUUUUGGCUACCAAAGUGAUGCGAUUUCUCUUGUCAACUCGAGAGGAUCAGAUAUUUCAGCUUAUGCCGAAAGCUUGCUCGAAUCUCUCACAGCCUUUCGAGCCCCACAGCAAGAGGCUAGUCUAUUUCUAUCUCGCGUUGUGCAAUCUAUCUUUCUAAUUGCCGAAGAAGCUUCUCUUAUCAUUACCUUAUUCCUCGCCCAUAGUCUUGGUGGCCUUGUCGUCCAGAAAGCCUUGAUUGCCGCGUCAACAGGGGCUCGAGCCGAUUUCUUCUCCAUCAAGCGUUCCACUGCUGCUAUACUGUUCUUUGCUACACCUUCCCAUAUAGACCACAAAGGUAUCUUCAACAUCCUCCAGUAUUUCUCGGGUGUGAGAAAAUGUCAGGGAAUCAGUGAAGAUUUCGUAUGCGAAUCUCAAUUUCAUCGCAACCUGGACGAUACCUCUGCGCAGCUAAGACAGAUUCAAGAGGAUUUUGAGCUCCUCCGGCUUCAGCAGUCGUUUAAAUUCAGCAUUGAUUUUUUUUUUGAGGAGUUACCCGUCGCGAACUUCGGAAUGGUGGUUGACGGUACAUCAUCAUUGAAUAGUUUUUCAAAUAGCGUUCUGCUUCAUUCAGACCAUCAAACGAUCUGCAAGUUCACAAGUGUCGGUGAACCAAAAUUCAAGCGAGUAUUAGCAACACUCAAAAGAAUCCUCAACCCAAGCGCAGAGUGCGUACCGAACCUAAAAGAACAUCAGCAAGAAAUACUUCGUUGGCUAGCAACACAAAGGCCACAAAUUGCCAACUCUGCAGCGUCUGGAUCCGGCAAGUGGCUUUUGGAAAAUGAAGAGUUCAGGUCAUGGCUAGCGAGUGAUCGGAAUUCUGUCUUGUGGAUCCAGGGAAAUUCUGGCGCUGGUAAAUCGACACUUGCUUCUAACUUUAUCGAAGAUUUUGAAAAUCACACUUUGGAAGACCAGCCUGCAAUUUUACUCCACCAUUUUUUCCAUUACGAUUCCCCUGAUACUUCCGCGCGUAAUCUACUACGCUCUUUGAUCUUUCAGAUUAUGUCAAAGAAUUUGAGUCCCUUGUCGGAUCUGCUUUCUUUGCUUGAUCAAAAGCGAAAUUGCUAUCACAAGGUUGAAGAGCCCCGCAAUAGCUGGGGGGAGUGGAUUUCUCAGGCCGUACUCACAGAAGAAUUCUUGGGGACGUGUUUAGAAGGAACCGCCAAAGCCCAUAAAUUAUAUAUCGUCAUCGACGCCCUGGACGAAUGUUCCAGCGGAGAAAUAUCUUCCGUUAUGUCUCUUCUGUAUUUUCUCAAUUCGAUUACAUUGAAAAAUUCAAUCAAAAUAUUUAUUACAUCUCGGCCCGGUUUGAUGUACGAAGAAGCAUUCUCCCAUUUACCAUAUCACAGAAUUGUUCUAGAGAAUGAAAAUCAAACAGAUUUACAGCAAUUUAUUUUCUUCAAAAUGUUAACACAAUUUCCAGAUUUUACUAAUCAGAAGCAGAUCUCCGAUACAUUAUUAGAGGGAGCAUCUGGUACUUUUCUCUGGGUCAAACUUGUCAUGCAUAAUCUACGAGAGUUGACACAUUACGAAGAGAAUGCCACUAAUAGAUCAGUUUCGCGACUUCCCAAAAGCUUAGAUGAUGUAUACAACGCCAUUUACGAAUACGUACUUCGGGUGGAGUCAAGGGCUGCACUAAGAGUUCUAGGUUGGGUUGUGUUUGCUAGACGACGAUUUUCGCUGAGGGAAUUGAAAGUUGCUUUGGAUGUCUACCAACGGUCGAUAACAUUAUCAAGUCAAAGCUCUCGGCACAUUGCUCAAGAUCAAUCACUGUCGCCAUACCAAGGAAGUAUUGAUGUUCUAAUCGCAUCUUGUCAUGGACUAUUAGAGGUUAAAGGACCCGAUGGAAUCGUUUCCCUUGUUCAUCUAAGCGUUCGAGAAUUCUUGAUAUCAAGAGCCGCCUCGGAGACUUCUCAACUAGGGUAUUCUGAUGCCAGAUACUUCAACAACACGCACAUUUCUAUUGCCGAAGUAUGCGUCAACUAUUUGGCAUUUAGAUCUCUCGACGACAAAUCAAGCGUAAAUUUUGAUCUCGACAACUCUGGUUUCUUGCAAUAUGCGGUCGUUCACUGGGUUGAACAUGCAAGAGCAGCUGAUCGCUCUGGCAUAUCGUAUCAGCCUCUUUUCAAAAGUUUGCAUUCGCGGUCACCAAAAUUAUUGAAAUUUUGGAUUUCCCAAUAUCAAAAGCAUGUAAAUUCAAGGAAUUCAUCGAAGUACAUGCUAGAAGGAUGGACACCUCUCCAUAUCUCCGCUGCUUUUGGAAUUUACAAUCUUGUUCAAACUAUUAAAGAACUCGGAGAAGUACAGAGCUUUGAUACCAGAGAUGCGUGCGGGCGUACUGCCUUAUCCCUGGCCGCUGAGAACAAUCACAUAUCUGUUCUUCAACUUCUCCUGGAAGCAGGAGCAAGCAUCACUACUCGAGACAAUCGUUAUGGUCUCUCUCCACUGGAAUGGGCAGCUUUACAAGGCAAUGUUGAAAUAGUCAAGAUACUUAUGGAAAAAGCGGUUUCUUGGUCCGGCACUUCCUUGCUUUCUAUCGCGGCAGCAAGAGGACAUAUGUCGCUUGUAAAACACCUACUGGAGAAAGGUGCCACUAUUAACUCCAUAGAUCAGUAUUGGGGAUGUACGGCUCUUCACCUUGCUGCCGGGUAUGGACAUACAGCUAUUGCAUUUCUACUUCUUGCCCGUGGUGCCGACCCGAAUGUUAUCGAUAGAUCUAAGGGGCAGACGCCGCUGUACUAUGCCAUAUACAAAGGUCGACACGAAACUAUCAAAAUUUUGCUGGAGCAUGGCGCCAAGAUGGGUGAACCAUCCAAGAAAUUAUCCGCAUUGAAUGAUGCACCACAGUCCACUUCUUGGCCUGAUCGGGUUGGUAGCUCAAUUCUAGGAGAUCUAGCAAUCAGACUACGUACUUGCAUGCAAGGCUCGGAGGCAAACGGACAGUCGAGUUCUGGUAAUUGCAAUAAAGGUGCUUCUGGAAGCUCCGGCAAUGGGUGUAAGAAAAGAUCACAUCAGGACUUUCAAAAUAGCGGUCCUGGUGGAAGUGGUUCUGGCGAUAGACCCAACAAACAGCCUGCGUUAGAGUCCACUUCUUCAGCAGAUCCUACUAUGAGUGAUCUUGGGUUAAAUCUUGCUUGCCCUUACUUUAAGCAUGAUCCGGGAAGAUACGGAUCCAGCAGGGCUUGCUGUAGGCCUCCCGGCUACCCAGAUAUCCAUAGACUGAAGCAGCAUCUUUACAAGGUACAUUUACUAAAGAUAUGUCGAAAGUGUAAUUUGAUUUGCGAUGGCGAGAUUGAGCUCCAAGAGCAUUACGACAUUCCAAUAUGUGCCGCGAUGUUUCAACGGGACUACGCUGAUGGAUUUGAUGAGUCUCAACGUGAAAAGCUUAAGAAGCGAACAGAGAAGAGAAAUCACUCGGACAAGGCACAGUAUUGGGUAGCAGUGUACAGAAUACUGUUUCCAAAGACCGAUGAUGCAAGCAUGCCAACACCAUGGCAUGAGGAGAACAUAAACAGAAGGCUAUAUGACGAGUCUUGUGCUCUCUCACGACUUCAGGAUUCAUCCCUCCGGACCGAGCUUUCCCAACAUGUUCAAAGCCAAGACGCAAUCAGUGCUAUAUUGAACAUCAUCAACAGGCAUCAGACCGGAUCUUCCGGGACAACCACUAUUGGAACGAUUCCGAGAAGGUCUUCCCAAGUUUCAGAGCGACAGCAUCCCGAGACUUCUCAGAAUGACCUGUAUCAACAACCACCUCUUGGACGAAAUCCACUUGGUCAUGAUAACAUUCCAAUGAUGCCUUUCGAUUACUCGCUACCUGAUUUCAUGAUGGAGCCUUCCAGCGACUCUGGCUUUUACGAAGGCUAUUCACUUAAUGAUGACUUUAGUCGGGGUACUGUAACGGAGGUCGCUGGAUCCAUGGUGAGAGAACACGAAACUGCAAUAAACGUGCCAAUUCUGACCCCAGGAGCGCAAGCCGAUAGCGACGAUAUAACUCAAACUCGCCAAGUACAUGCCUCAAGCGAAGAUCCUCUGAGUUCGACUAGCCUUUACAGUAUCUUUGACCUGGACCAAAGUCAGUAUUUUCAACUACAACAAGAACCCAUCUUUAACAACUACCAAGAUCAGAAUCAUAACACAGAUGAAGAAAGUAAUAGCGCCUGA